AUGUCUGCAGUUGCUCUUUGCAUGAUCUGUUGCAUAAGGGAGUCCCCUUUGUAUUUAAUACAGAACGAGCGUGAGGAGGAAGCUGUUAAAUCAAUACAGUUUUAUAGAGGUUUGAAGAAAAAUUCUAGUGAAAUAUCAAGAGAGGUUGAAAGUAUCAGAAGAAUUCUUAACUUUGAUAGUGGAUAUAAUGACUCAGAUGAAAAGCAGAGUUUAAAAAAAGAAGACGUCCCUUCAGAAAAAUUAUCGUUUAUUCAGAUAUUAAAAGCACGAGAUGUUAUUACAGCCAGAGAUGUCGUGGUCAUGGAGAACACAGAUGACAGCUCCGCGACAACCAUCACUAUUGAUGACAGCAGACCACCCAAAGAAGCAGAAGAGGAACACGACUCUGUUAGUGAGGAACAGGAUACCAGUGACAACCCGAUGGAUGAGACAUUCAUACCGAAUGAAUCUUCUAAUGACACUGAUGAUAGUUACUGUGAUACUUUAUCACCAGAUGACCUGGAUGUCCUCCCCACGCAAUGUGACACUAAUUUGCCUGAAAAACGUGUGAGACGCAAACCAGACUAUUAUAAUGUUGCAAGCAUGUGUGUGGAAAUAGCGGGUGAAGAGCUCACUAUUAGUGAUGUGUUAAAUAGUUCAGAAAAAGAACAAUGGCAGUAUAUAAGCAAGUUGGACGACCAGUUGGACGAUCAGUUGCACGAUCAGUUGGUCAACCAGUUGGACGAUCAGUUGGUCGAUCAGUUGGUCGAUCAGUUGGACGAUCAGUUGGUCGACCAGUUGGACGAUCAGUUGGUCGAUCAGUUGGUCGAUCAGUUGGUCGACCAGUUGGACGAUCAGUUGGACGAUCAGUUGGUCGACCAGUUGGACGAUCAGUUGGUCGAUCAGUUGGACGAUCAGUUGGACGAUCAGUUGGACGAUCAGUUGGUCGACCAGUUGGACGAUCAGUUGGACGACCAGUUGGACGAUCAGUUGGUCGAUCAGUUGGUCGACCAGUUGGACGAUCAGUUGGUCGACCAGUUGGACGAUCAGUUGGUCGAUCAGUUGGUCAACCAGUUGGACGAUCAGUUGGUCGACCAGUUGGACGAUUAG